GGGUUGUAAAAUUUGCUCGUGUGGUGGGAGGAGUCUGCGGGUCUGGUUAGGAGGGGAGGUUUAAGAAGAAGGCCGAGCCAGCAAAAUGCACAUUACCUGAUCAGCAACAGAUUUAGUGGGAUCAUCUCGAAACCUUUUACCACUGGAUAAGCACACACCGCUUUGGACCACUGGCCACAAUGAAGCUGUUACAGGAAACAGAGGACCCGACAAACGAAAGAAAGUUCAUUAAAUCUCAGGUAGAGAAACGUCGAAGAGAGAGGAUGAACCAAAGUCUGGAGCGUCUGAGGACCAUGUUGCUUCAGGAGCCACAAAAACUGGGUGGGAGUCAGCACAGAGUGGAGAAAGCUGAGAUACUCGAGCACACAGUCCUCUUCCUGCAGGACACUGCCAAAGCAGCCAGCAUGAGUGCCGCAGGUGUUGUUGGAGCCCAGAAACACUCCUUCCAAGACGGCAUCUCCACCUGUCUGCAGAGAGCUGCUCACUUCCUGGGACCGGAGGGGAAAGGCCUGUGGCUCGGAGCAGCACUGGAUGCAUCUUUCACCGUUCGCUUUUCCCGUUUAGACUCUGACUCUGCAGGAGUCCAAAAGAGAACUGAAGCCCAGUCCACCUCCAGCUCUCUGCCACGCACAAAAACCAUCCUUCAGAUGCUCAGGCAAAAGUCCAAGCACAGACUGAACGCACGAGGAGCCAGCGCGAACAGUUUUGCUCAUCCAUAUCUACUUCCAGCCCAGCAAGGGUUUCCCAGAAUUCCCCAACAGCAGGCUCGGAGACAAAAUGAGCUCGACGUCAGGGUGGAGAGGCAAACGAGCAAAGAGAGCCCGUCCCAGAGUCACCCAGUCAGCCAGACUUUGUGGAGGCCCUGGCCUUGAUCACCAGGCAGUCACCUCUGAAAUUUAAACUUUUAAUGACUCUAAUAACUGUUUAAUAUUCACUGGUGCCACAAUCUGGUCUUCUGAUAACUCCUAACAGUGUUUGCAUCCUCAAAGCCUGUAAAUAAUGUAAAAAUGUGCUGUAUGUGUGAUAGGGUUGACUCACUACUCUUGUUGAAUGGUUUUGAAUGAGCGCAGUCAGUUGGGGGCAGCCGUCUAUUCUGCCCACACAGGCACAGGGAUUCUCCCACAGGCCGGGACAGACGUGAGCUUGGAUCAUGUGGCCGAUGGCCGAGCUGUCUGGUUGCUCUGAUGUGCAAGUUUAAAGGUGAGUAUCAUGACACCGAAGAGUUUCCGUUCUUCUUCGUACGCUGCUAAAAAAAAAGAAAAGAAAAACCCUCUGCUGUCAUGAUGCAAGAGUGUGAUACUGAAGUGGAUAAUGAUUGAGUGUCCAUCCAUCACAUUUCCAGGUGUGGGACUUCAGGGUUCGAGGCUGGGAGAGCCCCGUGGAGCCCCUCACAUUCACCUGUGUGCCAUGAUGUCUGCGGGCCUUCGUGACAUCUGUGGCUCUGUGUACAAUAUAACUUGUAUUCUCAUUAUAUUUUAUUAUAUCUUGUCUAUUUUGCACACUAAUUUAUUCUCCAUGUCUCCCUAUGGUGAGCAGUAUUCCUUUUUUAUACAGAAAAAAUAAAAACAUUCCUCAAAAUGAAACACGGUGCCAAGUCUUUUUCUUUUCUUUUUAAGUUCACUGUAAGCCG